AUGCCGCCUAACAGAUCACUUUCGAAUUUUAUCAAGCGAUUCAUUAACUUCAUCAUAUCUUACCCUAGAUUAACGGUAUUGUUGCCAACCAUAUUAAUAUUUACGAUUUCCUACCAUGUAACAUACGAUUAUACGAUCAGAGAGAUUAAUUGUCGAAUAGCGUCCUAUUUAGGAUCAGAUAUAGUAUCUACUGAUUACAGUAAUACGAGAUUGAACAACCUAAUUGACUUAUUAAAUCGUGGCAAUCCAGAAAGCUUAACAUUAACUACAUUUGAAUUUUCGAACAAAAAUAUACAACAAAAGCAAAAUGCUUUGACAUUUGAAGUGUUAAAUGAAAUGAAAAAUCUACAUGUGAAUUUAACUAGAAAGUACGAUGACAUAGUGAUAAUAUCACCCUUAUCAAGCUGGUAUAUUGAUUGGGAUAUUGAAGGGGAAGCAGCAGAAGAACGCAAGAUUGAAUUUAAUAAUUCCAUUUUAAGAGCCAUUAAUUCUUUGGAUUAUAUUCAAAUGGAUUCUCUUUUAAUUAACAAUAUAAAUAAGGUCAAUCAUUUAAUUACUAGCUGCGAAAUAGUUAAAUUCUAUAUUGUUCAUCAUCCAAAUCUUGAUAUUAAGGGUCCUAUUAUCGAAGCUAUUCAUGAUACAACAUAUUUGGGAAUGAGCUCAAUGUCAUCAACAACAGACGUUGAAGGUUUGGUUACCUUCGUGUACUAUUCUCAUAUUCAGAAUGGAUCAUCUUCAAGUACAAACUUAUAUUUUUCAUUAACCAGUGCUAUCGAAAUAAUUGUAUUACUGAUAUUCAUUCUUUAUAUUUUAAUUGCUAUUGCCAAUCAGCAUAAGAUUAGAUCAAAUGGAGGAUUAUUGAUUGCCUGGGUGGUCGAAGUUUUAAUCGCUGGUGGAGCUUCAAUUAGCAUAUUAGAUUAUUUCCAUGAUUAUAAAUCCAGAAUGUCGGAACAUCUGACUACGUUUACUGCAAGUGCCUAUAUAUUUACCAUAAUGGUAGUGAGUUCCAGAAAUUUAUUUAGGAUCAUCAACGAUUUAGCUGGUGAUGACUAUGUUAAUAACUCGCACGAGAAUAUUCAUAAAAAGUUAUACAAAUUCUACCUUGGUAUAAGCAAUAAUGAUAAAGAUAACAAUGAAAGUUUAAAACGCAUAUCCGGUUUCUUGAAUUCUUAUAGGGUUUGUCGAAAGCUACUGCAAUAUUUUUGUAACAUUCCUAUUAUAAGCAAAGUACUUAUAAUUGAUAUUGUUUUAAUUGCGCAAUUAAAGAUCUUUAGCUUAUAUUUCUUUGGUUUUUCCUUGAAUUCUCCAUUCAAAGAGUAUUUAACUACGAGAUUAAGCUAUUUUCUAGAGGCAGUAUGCGUUGCACUAGUCAUAGAUCAUUUCUUACAAUUAACGUAUCUAGUAGGGAUAAUAAUUAUUGAUUUAAAAAGAUACGACUUAACUGAUUUAUUAAAUUAUCAAGCAUUUCAGAGAAAUGAAUCUUUGAUUUUACCUAAUAAUUCUAUUGAAGGUAAUUUCUUGUCAUGUAUUUUAUUAAAAUUAAAUUAUCCAUCGCAUUUAAGACCUAGUCGAAGCUCUGUUAGAUACAAAAUGGGAGAGUAUUUAUUAAAAGUCAGGUACUCAACGUCAUUAACUACGUGGGUGGUCAUGUUACCGUUAAUAGAAUCUGUCUAUCUUUUAGGUAUUUUCAUGAAUUGGCGGAUAAUGCUUCCAUAUAAUGUUAUUCGUAAUCCUAAAGGAAUUGGUAGCAUGACAGCGAUAACAAUUUUACGCGACGAAACCAAUUGGAUUUUUUACGUGGAAUACUUGUGCAUUCUUGUAUUUAUAGUGGCCAUUUCAACCUUGACAUUCAAACUAACACAUUCUGAUUCGCUCGAUCGAAAACCAAUAAAAAUAGACGAAAGUGAUUUCGUGCUUGAAGAUAAGAAUAUAUUUAGAUGCAUCGAUUUAAUUAAUUUACGAGAUGGACAUAACCUUGAUGUUUUAAAAAUCACAACUAAUUCGAAUACCUCGUUCAUAGUUUCAAUUGGACUAGAUCAUAAGAUAUUAAUAUGGUCGCCUUUAAAUAAGCCUAUCCUGAGACCUAUUGAUAUAUCUGCAACGAUCAAUGAUACUAAUGAUAGAGAAUUCUGGCCGAUUAAUCAUAUCAAUAUUAGUAAUGAUGGUGGUUAUAUUAUUUUAAUCAAUUAUAAAAAUAAGUUGAUUAAGUGUUUUGAAAGGAAAAAGUUGAGCUAUUCCUGGCAAUGUGAAAUGCCACCUAUUUCAGGUAAUAGAAUUAAAGUUUUGGAAUCGUUUUUCAGGAAAAGAACUGUUCCAGGAUUUUUGAGUAGGAAGAUCUUGCAACAACAAAAAGCUGAUAGAAAAAAUAGAAGAGGUAGUGCCACAUCUUUAUCAUCAAUGAAUUCUAACAUGAAUGGAAACUUCCCAUUUCCAAUGAAUUCACCAAAACUGUCUGUAAUGAUGCAACCUAUCAAUGAAAACCUGAAAAAUGAAGGACAAGAGCUCUACGAAACGGAAUUGGAAAAACAGUUGAAUAGAGAUGAUUUUAUAAUGGUUCUAGAGACUGGGGAAUUAAUUACAAUAUCAUGUAAUACCGGGGAAUUAAAAACAUUUGAUAUAUUUGCUUCAGUUUAUAAUACAUCUGAAGGAAAAAAAUUUAAUUCAGUGAAAAAAUUAACUACCCCAAGAGUUAACGAUAGAGUCAUUUGUCAUGUGAAUAAUUAUGAUAUCAUAGUGGCCAGUAUUAUAAACAACACUUGGAGGUUUAGAAUUUUGAAAGUUCACGAGGGUUUCUAUAAUAAAGGAAUUCAUUUUGCAUUACCACCCCCAAUGUCAGCAAGCAGUUCGUUAAAUGAGAUUAAUGAUUUUUCAUUCAUGUAUAACCAAAGAGGCAUUGAUGAAAACAAUAAAGAAUGUGAGAUAAUUACUAAUUCUAAAAUGCAAAUUAACAAAGCUACAAUUGUUACGGUAGAAUUUGUUGGUAUGAUAAUUCGAGUCAAUAAUUUGGUUGCCGAAAUAAUUGAUGUGCAAGGAGGUAUAAUUUUAAAACGGUUUCACGUCGGGCGUUUCAAGCCACUGACGUUUAAAGUAUCCCAUCUGGAGCCAACUCAUUGUAAGUUCUGUGGGUGUGUUUCAAUUCAAUCCUUUUCAAUCUUGUAUGAAGACUAUGAUAAAAAUACGAUUAUCGUACAUACCUUCAAGAUUGAUGCUAAUAGAUCCAAGAAUAAUAUAUGUCUAAGAGUAGAAAGAGAUCCGAGAGAAAUCAGAUGUGUUGGGUUUAGUUCUGUUAGUGAACAUCUAUUUUGGUACGAGAAUCUCGAAUGCUGGCAAUUGACUGAUAUUAACAUGAUUAUCGGAAUAAAGAAGAAAUGCAUCCAACAGGAAGAGGACAUGGAGAUUUUAGAUGAGGAUGCCCGUUCAAGUUCCAGUAAUAUAGGAACAUUAAUCAAAAACAGUGGGUUGCAAUCUUUACGAUCAAGAAAACUGAGGAACCCAAAACCUAAGUUGAACGAACAAUCUUGGGAAGGCUUCAUUGUUACUCUUGUUGACGGAAACGUCUUAUACUACCAAAUCCCUGCAUGUCAAACUGAUGGCUUGAUUGUGAACAAAGUUACAUGUUCUGAGAAAUUUGGAUAUAAGUCCAUGAUCGUGAACUUUGGCAAUCUAAUCAAAAUUAUUUACUUGGGCAACGACAAGCUAAUUGAAAAUGACCUUUACUACUCAGGCACCACCUCCAGAUCUUUACCAUUGCCUACAGAUAAUCUCAAGGUGCCUCAAUUGAAUCAUGACUUACUAUUUAUAAAUAAGAGGUCGAGACAUAAUAACCUCCACAAGUUAUAG